CCCCCUCGGUCCUCGUAUAAUUUGCUCUCUCAAUUCUUCUUGCUCGCGACUUCUCAUACGCACAUAUAGAGCAAAGCAUCGAGUGUAGUGAGAGGAAUACAUACAUACACAUACAGAGCAAAGCAUCGAGUGUAGUGAAAUGGAAGGACUAAGGAAGCUAGAACAAGUACAGAGGACACUAUUGUUGAUGCACUCGCAUGGCGUAAUCAAUUCUUCCAACGGAAACGCCGACUCCGAUCGCUUCGUCGCUAAUCUCAUCCUCUUUUUGUUACAACCUUGUGGUGAACUUGACAUGGAUAUGAAGUGCCAAUUGAUUUCUGAGCACUUGUCCAAGAUUUCGGCUGCGUUUCUUGAGGAAGCACUGCUCUGGCUUGGUGGGGAAGGAAAUGAACAACUUGAAAAUACUUCCCCACUUUUUCAUGACAAUAAAGUAGGUUGUGCUUCAUCACAAAGUGAUUCUGAAGACAUGGCUAUGGUUGGGCUGGAUGCAAUGCAACGAGCAAACUCUACCCUAGAAGAUUUUUGCAGAUCUUAUUUUAUGUUUCACGAAAUGGAUGUAAAUAAGCCACAAUCAAUAUUCAGAUAUCUCCCAAUGCUUUCAUUUACAGAAAGUUUUAUUUAUCAGUUGGAUACUUUGAACGAGAAACUACUGCAAUUUCCAGCAAUUGGAGUUCCAAUUAUAGGAGGAGGAUCUGAUGUGAAAGUUGAACAGAGCUGUAUUGUUAAGGGCAUGAAACUGCUCGGAACAGAUCCCUUUGGACCGCUGCUUGUUAUACUUGCACAUCAUGGACUUUUGACUGAGAGGAUACGAGAAGAGUUUAGGUGUGGAGAAGAAUAUUGGGUUCUUGAAAGAAAGCUCUGCUGUGCACUAACAAGCAAAAUGGAGAUUUCUAUCGAAGACGUGAUAAGAGCUAUUCAUCUGAAAUCCUUUGAUUAUCGGGUGCUGAAUCUUCUGCUGUAUCAGUUGAGAGGAGAAAAGGUAAAUGAAUUGCAUAUGGAAUUCCUAUCAAUCUCUGAAUUCCUCGUAGAGGUAUCUGAUGAUUUGUUUGACUAUGAGGAUGAUGUGUUGGAGAAUAAUUUUAAUAUUUUACGCAUGUUCGUCAGAAUAUAUGGAACUUCCACAGCACCAACCAUGCUGGCAAAAUACAUAACUGAUGCUGAAAAGAAGUACAAACACCUAUUGGAAGCUUUGGAUUCUAAACUGUCCAUGAAUUACCAGAGAAGAUGUGAAGAAGCCACAAGAGAAGGUGGGAAAAUAUCCGGACCAUCUCUUGGAACAUGGAGUAUACCACCUGUAAUUGAAGAUGAGGAUUUAUAUCGAUCUGAUUUAUUAAAUUCUAGGUCAUCGGUUCUGGCAUAAGGUUUAAUGAAUCUGGGUCGAAAUCGUUGUUGCAGUUUCUGCAAUCUAUUCAACAGAGCCUGUGAUGGUUACUAGUGGCCAUAAAAGUCCUGUGUGUAUGUGAUGUUCAGAUUACUUUACUUUUCCGAAGGGUUUUGCUACUGCAAAAAAUAAUGCUUACAUUUGGUGCCUUUUCUCUCGGAAUAUUCUGAAACUUUAAUACAUAUGUUUUGCGACUUUUGAUUUAAA